AUGGCCUCGGCGUCAGCAUCACCCCACCCCCCGUGCCCUCAUUCAGGCGAGCACAACCACCAUUCCGCACCCGCACGCCGCUCCCUCGCCCUCGCCCCCACCUUCCCCAUCCUCUCCACCCGCGCCCUCCCAAACAUCACCUUCAACUACACCCUCACGGACAUGGACACGAUCCUGUCGUACACGCCGUCGUCGUCCGGCGCCUCCGCCUUGACAUGGGCGAACACGUUCUCUGACUCACCCGCGCCCUCCGUCCCCGGCCGGAGCAUCUUCGGCCGCGGCUCCUCCCUCCACACCACCUCCAUGGCCGGCUCCACCGUCGGGUGGAGCUUCUACGGCGACGCCGUAUACGUGCAGGGCAAUGCGAGCGCGGACGCCCGCAUCCGCUUGACGACGGACGGGGCGAACGCCGACUUUGUCCCCGCGACGCUGAACGAGACGGACAGCAUCGCGUGGGCGGAAGUCGCUGAGGGCUGGCACGACGUCAUGCUCAGCGUGCUUGACGGGGAGGUGUCGCUCGCCCGCGUGGUCGUGAGCACGGGGAUGCGCACGCAGGCGCCGAGCUUUGACGCGGCGCGUACGAGGGAAGAGCUCUUUCUCACGAGCGGGGAGCGCAACCCGUUCUUCAGCACGAGCGGGAAAUGGGACGCGUCGCUCCAAGUCGGCGGCGACGACAAUACCCCGCCGCAGCCGCUCUCCGUGCUCAACGGCCAGCCUGGUGCGACAUUCUCCGCCCGCGUCCCGGACAACACAUCCUAUCUCCUGCUGAACGGCACAUCGCAGCCGCUGCUGUCGUACUACACCGUCGCACUGUCGCCGCCGCUUCCGGGUUCCUUACCCGAAGCCACGUUCAACGCGCUGCAGGGCUACUGCAACGGCGUCACCUUUUUCAUGGCCCCGCUCGACCCCGAAGUUCAGUACACGCUGACCUUUAGCGUGAGCGGGAACGUCUUGACGGGCCCGGUGGGUGUGCACUCGAUGAAGUUUUGGAGUGGGCUUUGGACUAACGGGACGGAUCCUUCGCCGAACACGUCCUCAUCUGUCCCCGGCCCAUCCGGGAGUGAUCCAGCGCAGUCAGACCCUCCGAAGAGCGGUGGCGUGUCUUUGGCCGGCGCGAUCGCGGGCGGCGUCAUAGCUGGUGUUGCAGUCUUUGCGGCGCUCGUCGCGGGAUGGUUCCUGUAUCGCCGCAGGCAGAAGAAAAUCCACCACAAGCCAGAGGAUAACCGGUUUGUGAUCGAGGAACUCCCAGACUCGGAAGGGCCUCCGUACUAUCAAGGAAUGGGCUCAGUGUCAUCCUCGCGCCCGUCGCUCAUCGUGGACCCGUAUCCAUACGACCCGGCGAAUGGCUCACCUUCCGGUUCAGCCCGCGAGUCUUCGAGCCAGACGCAUCCUCUAGCAGUAUCGACCGUACCACUAUCGCCAUCGCCAGAAGCGGUGCCCCUCUCCCCCAUCUCAACCACAGUAGGAGAUCUCCGCUCGGGCCCGACGACAGCAGCCUUGUCUGUAGCAGGCCAGACCGACCGCGUGCCCCACAGCCGCCACGGCGCCUCGAACCGCCUCUCGCUCGUCGGCCUAUCAGCCGAAGACGAGGAAAUCCUCGCGGACCCGCGCCCGCGCCCCACCCCCGGCCCAUCGACAGUAGCCGAAAAACGGGCGCUGCAAGCGGCCUCGCGCCGGCCGCGCGCCCGCACCAUCUCGCGCCCCGGCGAGCAGGAGGUCGACGCCGGCCGGCUGCCGGACACGGUGCCGCCGUCGUACGACCCCAGCUGGGCGGGCGACUAUGCGUCGUCGCUCGCGAGCCGCAGCCGCGCGAACAGCUUUAGCGACACGGCGCACGAGACGCGGCGCGUGAGCCGCGGCAGCAUGGGCAGCCAGGACCUCGCGCGCAUCGCGAGCCUGGGCAACGUCGCGGGCAUGUUGGAGCGGGAGCUGGAGAGGGAGCAGCGGGAGGGGAGGUAG